AUGACGGAUAAAGAUUCCAGGAAAGAAGAUAUGGGUGAGAAUCUAACCAGUGACGGCGAGGUGGCCUCUGUCAAGGACAAGGUCGCCACCAAUCCCAACGGGGACCCGAGGUUGCUCGAAGACUCAAAGGUUUACAAUUUUGUUGUUCGGACGAUUUGGACGCUAAUUAUGAUUGCGGGCUUCUUUAUAACCUUGGCUAUGGGUCACUUCUGGUGUGUGAUCCUGAUUCUGGGAUGCCAGAUCGCCACAUUUCAGGAAUGUAUUGCAGUCACGGCAGAGUCUGGCAGGGAAAAGAACCUUCCGCUAACGCGGACGCUCAACUGGUACUUUCUCUUCACCACGAUAUAUUACCUGGACGGCAAGUCGCUGUACAAGCUGUUCCGCCACUACACCAUCAACUACCGCGUGCUGGGCUUCAUUGCUGCGAACCACAAGUUCAUCUCCUAUUGCAUGCUUGUGUUCGGGUUUGUUGUAUUUGUAUGCAGUUUGCGCAAAGGUUUUCUGAAAUUCCAGUUUGCAUCUCUGUGUGUCACUCACAUGGUGCUCUUGUUGGUGGUGUUCCAGGCCCACCUGAUAAUCAACAACGUUCUGAACGGGCUCAUAUGGUUUCUCUUGCCUUGCGGUCUUGUUAUUGUCAAUGACAUUUUUGCGUACCUCUGCGGCAUCACGUUUGGGCGCACAAAGCUCAUUGCCAUUUCGCCCAAGAAGACGUUGGAAGGCUUUCUUGGUGCUUGGUUCUUCACCGGACUGGCGGCUCUCGUUCUGACCCGGCUUCUGACCCCAUACACCUACAUGACCUGCCCUGUGCAGAACAUCCAUACCAAUGUCUUCAGCCCGCUCAACUGCGAGACCAACCCGGUCUUCAUCCCACAGACGUACAGGCUGCCGCCGAUUAUAUUUGACCGGUUCAAUGUUUCCACGAUAACUUUCAAGCCAAUAUAUAUGCAUGCCUUCAACCUGGCCACGUUUGCUUCCUUGUUUGCCCCGUUCGGAGGCUUCUUUGCCUCCGGUCUAAAAAGAACGUUUAAGGUCAAAGACUUCGGCCACUCCAUUCCCGGCCACGGCGGAAUCACGGACAGGGUUGACUGUCAGUUCAUGAUGGGCUCGUUCAUGAACCUGUACUAUGAGACGUUCAUAAGCGAGAAGAGGAUCACCGUCGAGACCGUGCUAUCAACCAUCCUGAUGAAUUUUGAUGAACGCCAAAUACUGCAACUGAUUGCAGCUCUGAACAGAGUCCUCUGGGAAAACGGAAAAAUGGCUGGUGAUAAUUACGAGCGCAUCUCCGAAUUGUAUAAUAUAUGA